ACCGUCUUGGGAGCCCGGCCUUGAACAUUGGCACGCAGCCAAUUAGCCACGCAGUCUGUAUUUGAAGGAUUUAAAGAAAAAUGAAACGAAUAAAGAUGAAACGGAUGAAAACAGAACUCAUUCGCGCGCCAUUCUAAUAGGAUUUUUGUGACAUUCUGUCGAAACUGAGGAAAUUACUGUUAUGCUGCGCUGUUGACUUGGUGAUAGGUGCUAAGUUUUGCGAGUAAAAUGAGCGAAAGUGAAAUCAAGGUGCAAACUUUCUACGACUUGCUAUAUUCCGAAGAGCGAAUUAAAUAUAUUCCACUGAAAAAAAUUGCGCGCAUUUCACUCAACAGUUUGCGUCGCCAGGAGAGCGAUUUUGAAAUUUACGAAUUUUUAUUUACCAAAGUGCCUGUUUUUUUCAAGCCCGAUGAAUUUGAAGUGGAAGUCUCUCGAUUGGUACUUCCUGAGCUAGUGAAACAUUUGGAAAAGGUCGUUAAUGAGAUCAAGGAUAGCGCUUUGCUGCCUUCUCUGGUCGACAAUCUGAAAUUAUUAUUGCUGUCCGCCAAUGUUUUGUUGAAAUUCGCUGAAUAUGUAACUGAAAUAUCAAAAACAUAUCAGCUUUACCAGACGGUAACUAUUUUCUUAGAAUUUCUUACGCACAACUAUGACGUCAUCGGAACCAUCGUACACGGCAAGGCUGAGGAAGAUACCAUAAUAAAACAACUGUUCACAUUGUGCCAGAAGAUUCAACACUUAAUUAUUGCAGUACUAGCGCCUAGCAAUGAACCUGGAUUUUAUUUCCCGAAUCUCGAUGAAAUUGAAAAGUACAAUUGCUUCAAAGAAGUCAUUGUAAUGUUCUGUAAAAUUGGUUCAUUGACAAUCAACAUUGACACCCGGUUAUCUACGGGAGUUUGGAAAGCUUUAGUAAAACUAAUUUCCAUACAUGAAAAAGAAAUUGCGUCAGAAGACUCCGGGUGGUUGCAUGAGCGUAUUAUUGAAGUGAAUAACGAAAUACAAAAUCUGAUACAAUCAUCGAUGGCGAGUCGCGAGAUCACCAAAAGCGGUCUGGUUCAAAUAAAAUUCAGCGGAUUCCUUUUAAAAGUUUUGCUGAAAUUAGUACCUAUUAUUAAAAACAAUUUUUCCUCAUACAAUUGUCUGUUACAUACAAUGGUUUCAAUAGAAAGCAAUUUGAUAGCAAAAAAAAUGAAUGAGAGUCUAGCGACAGCAAUUCGACAGCAUGUUAUGGUAGGAUACAUGAAUCUGGUUGAAAUAUCAUUUAGAUGUUUAAGUUUUGCAAAGGCACUAACAUCUGUUCAGUAUCAAUUGUCUGAUGAGGUUAAAGCAUAUCUAGAUAUAGUCGUUCAUGUAAUUUCUCGAGUUAUUGUCGAAAGUCAGAGUAUGACGACUGAAUUGUAUGUUGUUAAAACGAACCUAUUAUUGUCCUGUGUUCAUACAUUAUCUAAUUGCCACAUUUUGUUUAACCAACAAAGUAAGUUAUAUCAUCGAAUUUUAGUACAUCUUUCGGGAUUCAUUAUUGUGUGCUCUAAGCUGCAAUCAAGACAAGCGCAAUCUGUAAUUGAAGAAACUUUAGCGAGAAUGAUUCUCCAGGAUUCUUACUGGGUAGGCGUGAUGGGACUGGAUAUUUGGAGUAUUUACCUUCGUUAUCGUCCUGUGGAUUCACUUUUGCAGUAUUUUUUAUUUUGGAAGGCCAUCAGAAAUGAAUUUUCGCUAUUUAUUUCCCAUCCCCAAGCAGUAUUUGUUAACAGAUUACUACGAAAUUUGUACAUAUUUCUACCUGCCAAUUUACAGCAGCAAAUAUGGAUGACGCUUCCGCUUGCAAAAAAGGAUAACCAUAAAUUAUGGAUCGCGAUUGGACUAGACAACGUAGAUAGUAAACAGAUAUUUGAUACUGAUCAGUUGGUACUGAAAAACAUUGAAAAUUUAAAUUCUCAAAUGACAUUAGACAAAAUGUAUGAUAUCUUGUAUACAGCCCGGUUAUUUUAUGGUACGUUUAACAAAACUGUGUCAGAAAAAAUUGGGUCUGUAAUAAAAGAACUAUGGAAAAAAAUAACUUAUAGCGCGAUAAAAAUAGUAACGAACAAUUCUAUCAUUCCCGAACUUAUAGCUGUUAGCAACAUACCAACUUGCAGGGAAAACAUUGCCAAGUUUGAAUCAUUAAAUGUUGAAUUAUUAAGCUUGUCUGCACAGCUUAAUAUACUGCAGCUUAAAGAUUUGGUUUCUGAAAAUCUAUUGAAACAAUUGGCAGAGAACAAAAACGUUGUAAUUACUGCAAUGUCAUUACACUUAGCAACAAAAAGACAGCUGCCUGUUCGGACGGUACCGACUGGUCCAGAACUUGUUCGCAGUACAAGUUGGCAUGAACUACGUGUAAUCCAUCAAGCUAAGCGUAACGCUAUAAAACAUUCUUGUAAUCUAGAAGUAAAAACGGAAUCAAGUGUUUCAAGGAAUGAUGUUUCAGAUAAAAACUUGAUUUGGAGUUCCACACCAAUGGAUGAUCGUGUAUCAAAAAGACGGAAACUCGUUGGUGACUAUGAAGUUUUGAGUCCAAUCAACAAAACAAAUACGUUAACGGUUUCAAAAACAAUCAGUGAACUGAAGCGAAAUGUUGAAACUCUUCAAAGAUUAAAAGAAGAAAAAAAUCUAAGCAAAGAUCAGUUAACUGAGAUAUAUAGGAUAGUUAAUAUUUUAAGUAGAUUUACUGAUGAGCAUUUCAAUUGAAGAAAAUAUCAGCUCAAAAUAGAUAU